GGGCCGUUUCUCGGCGGGUCCCUGGCGGCGAGCGCGGACGGCCCGGAGGCGGCGGUUCUGAGCUGGCAGGCGGAGGGUUGUCUCCCGCGCCCGCCUGCCGGGCUCGGUCCGAGGAUGCGGGGGGGCGAUGCCCGGGGCCAGGGACGCGCUCUGUCACCAGGCGCUGCAGCUGCUGGCCGAGCUCUGUGCCCGCGGGGCCCUGGAGCACGACAGCUGCCAGGAUUUCAUCUACCACCUGCGGGACCGCGCCAGACCCCGGCUCCGAGACCCAGAUAUCUCAGUGAGCCUGCUGACCCUUGUGGUCACCGCCUGUGGCCUCGCCCUCUUUGGCGUGUCUCUCUUCGUGUCUUGGAAACUCUGCUGGGUUCCGUGGCGAGAACGAGGCCUGUUCUCUGGUAGCAAAGACAACAACCAGGAGCCUCUUAACUACAUGGACACAGAGACCAACGAGCAGGAGAACAGCGAGGGCUUCCUAGACCCUCCCACCCCUUGUCCAGACUCCUCCAUGAAGAUCAGCCACACCUCCCCUGACAUUCCCCUCUCGACCCAGACAGGGGACCGGGAGAACUGUGCCCAUGGCGUCCGCGUACAGCGCCAAGUCACGGAGCCAACAACCUCAUCAGCUCGGCAUAAUUCAAUCCGAAGACAACUCAACCUGUCAAACCCAGACUUCAAUAUCCAACAGCUUCAAAAACAGGAACAGUUGACUGGAAUUGGUCGAAUUAAACCGGAGUUAUAUAAGCAGAGGUCAUUGGAUAAUGAGGAUGGGAAGAGGAGUAACAGCAAAGCCUGUGGGAAGCUGAACUUCAUUUUAAAAUAUGACUGUGACUUAGAGCAACUCAUAGUGAAGAUUCACAAAGCUGUCAAUUUGCCCGCCAAGGACUUUUCUGGGACAUCAGAUCCUUAUGUCAAGAUCUAUUUGCUUCCCGAUCGGAAAACAAAACACCAGACUAAAGUUCACAGAAAGACCCUGAACCCUGUGUUUGAUGAAGUGUUUUUGUUUCCGGUUCCCUACAAUGACCUUGUAGCUCGGAAGCUUCACUUCUCUGUCUAUGACUUUGACAGGUUCUCUCGCCAUGACUUAAUCGGCCAAGUGGUGGUGGAUCACUUCUUAGACUUGGCUGAUUUCCCCAGGGAGUGCAUCCUUUGGAAGGACAUCGAAUAUGUCACCAAUGACAACGUGGAUCUUGGAGAGCUGAUGUUUUCCCUCUGCUAUCUUCCCACGGCUGGCAGGCUGACCAUUACCAUUAUAAAAGCAAGGAAUUUAAAGGCAAUGGACAUAACGGGAGCAUCAGAUCCCUACGUGAAAGUCUCAUUGAUGUCUGAUGGCAGACGAUUGAAGAAGAGGAAAACGUCCACCAAGAGGAACACUCUGAACCCUGUUUACAACGAAGCCAUAGUCUUUGACGUCCCUCCCGAGAAUAUUGACCAAAUCUACUUGUCCAUAGCGGUCAUGGACUACGACCGUGUAGGUCACAAUGAGAUCAUCGGCGUGUGUCAAGUAGGCAACGAAGCCGAGAGGCUGGGCAGAGACCACUGGAGUGAGAUGUUGUCGUAUCCGCGCAAGCCCAUUGCACACUGGCAUUCCCUGGUGGAGAAACGAUGACUGUGGGUAAGAGGACCACUUAUGCCAAGAACACAGUAGGACAACCAUCUUACAAAGAUCUUCAGUAACUUUUCCCAUCCAACAACAUCUAGACGACGCCAGUGACCAAAUAUUCAGCUGUAACCACAGCAGUAACUGGCCCUCUUUCCAGAUUGGGUUUGCUGAACGUGAACAGUCCAGCUGUCUUCAGGUGGCCUAAGGUGGUAUGCUGUAGGGGAAGCACAUCUCUUCUGGCCAAGAAUUGAGAUUGGACUAUGGAAGAAAGCACCUGAUACAGUGAGAGUACUCAGAGUACCUAAAGGACUCUUAAUGAUUAACAUAAGGCCCUUGGUGAUGGGGUCUUAGCAGCUGCCCUGGCAAUGUCACUCUGACAUGACGUUAUUUGCUCGAAGGCCCUGGAAGGACAGAAUAUUUGCAGAUCUAUCCAGGUGCUAAAUAGGAAGCAGUUCUAAUUCACACUGGACGACCACUGAGCUAAUAGUUGUCUCCAGAAAAUAAUUUCACCCAAGAGGUACUCCAGCUUUGCAAGGAAUAGCCCCAGGAGAGUAAUAGGAUAAACAAGCUGUUACCCUGGAGAAAAUCGAGUACAAAGAGGUCUAGUUCACAGCAAAUGCUCUGCCUACUCCCAUGUACAUGGCAGUGAGUACCAGUUGAUCAUGGCCCUCUCUUCUGCUAAACCCAGAUGUGAGGAGUCAGAAUCCCCAACACUGUUUUCAAGAUGGCCAGUAGCCACUUCCCUUCAACUGGUGUUGGCAAUGAGAAUGAAAGUUCAUUGUCAUCCCUGUUAGAGAGGCAUACAUCUCAGUGGCAUAGGCAUUCUGGAAUACCUUUCCCAGGUACAUUUGUCCACUGAGGGAACAGCCUCAGAAACAGAAGUACCAUUGAGUGAGCUGAGUUCCUGGAGAGAUGAUACGGCUGGCCCCUGAUUCAAGGCACAACUUUUGGGCCUUCUUGGCCUGAGUGCCUUUUGGGGUAUUUCCAUGUGCAACAGCCCAGAGGCAUAGCCUUGGGCAGCCACCGAUAGGUUUCCUUUCACUUCUGGACACAUGCAUCACUUUCACAGCACUUGGGGAAUGGAAAUACCUGCAGGAGUGAAGGUCAAGGGCUCUCCCCGGGUAUCACAUUCAUUACUCAGCUUCCUUUGUGACCACAUCAGCCAACCCACUGCCAGCUGUGUUCUUCAUCCUCAUUGCUUCUGCCUCCAUACAAAUGAAACUAAAGGCCUCAGCAUGUCCUGGGGGUGGUAUUGUUACCUCUCUCUCCCAUUAUAGGUGUAAGGUGCCCCGUCCGUACAUUUGCACCAUUUCUCCAAGACAGCAUUUCCCUUUCAUACAAUCGCUUUGCAGCAGAAUCCAGAGUUGGACUGUAGUUUACCGUCCUGGGAAGCUCAUUUAUCUUCAUUUGAAUUAACACUUCCAUGUGGGACUAACUGGGUGGAAGCACAAUCAUUGCAGGUCUUCAGAAAGUUCUUAUUGCCACAGCUACCCAGUACAAGAAACUACCCCAAUGUCAGACCUUAAAGGGAUGGAGACCUUUGGUUGUAUGAGGCAGUGUUACAAUAUUCCAGCUUCAUGUGUUCCCCAGCCUGCCUAAUCCAUUUCCAUCUCUGACUGGCUUUCAACCUCCAGGAUGCAAAGGGAACCCAAGGUUCUGCCUAUGUCUUUGACAUGAGAAGAAUUCAGCCUUCCUUGCCCAAGGUUCCCUCUGCCUAUUCCUCUGCAUUCAGACAUCUUCCAUCAUACCAGUGUUUAGAACCAAAGCAUGAAGGACUAGUGCCAGCAGGAUAAAUAUUAUCUCUUGAUCCAGGCGGGUGAGCCCAGAAGGAUGGUCCCAGAGAAACCAGACUGGCCCCAGUAGAUAUCAGGCAGCCAUCCCAAUAAACUUUGACUUGUCCUUGGCACUGGGAGCCUGGGUAGGAGAUCCUGGGGCAGCUGUGCCUAUUGUUCCCCAGGCUAAGAUCUUCCUGCCUAGAGAAGUAGCAGCCCUGGGGUACUUACGAGUAUGCUACUGGCUUGUUGUUAUGAAACAGAAGGUGGCUUUGUAGGGGCCAGCAGGCAAAGUGAGGCAGGCAGGUGGCUUGUGCUGGAGAGCUUUUAACAGUCCAGCUGUGGCCAGAGGCUGGUUAUAAAUUUGAACUCCUUGAGCCCAUCUGCAACUCUGCCUCUGUUCUUUUGCCUUCUGUUUGGUUUCCCUUUAGUUUCCUAGUAAAUAUUCCUUUUGAAAAAUU